AUGUUUGAAUACUGCUCCUUGCGACGUGGAAGGGAACACCGAAACUUGAGAUUAUUUUCAAAGCCACAAAUAACAGGUCCGCACGUGGAUGAGAGAGGUCGACAUUAUCUUUUGUAUAAAGAAGAUGUAUCCAAGACAAAUCAUGGAGGCCCGAAGGACCGCAAAGUACCACCAAAGGAAAAUAAUCAACCAUCUAGUUCUGAUGGAAAAGAUUCGAAUUACUUUUACUUUAAUCCGAUGAUAAAUUAUAGUCAAAACAAAUGGUUCUCUCGUCUAACAGUUGGGCAUAAUUCUCUACAGAUGACCAUAAAGAGACUGUGUAAAUCGGCUGGAAUUCCGGGUUCGAAAACUAACCACUCGUUAAGAGCAACGGCGGCUACAAGACUCUUCCAGGCAAAUGUAGAGGAGCAACUUAUUUGUGAAGUGACUGGACAUCGUAGUGAAGCUGUACGAGCUUACAAGAGAUCAUCUGACGAUCAAAAGGAGAAUGUUUCUCGGCUUCUGACUGGAGCAAAAGUUGCUCGAAAAACAUAUAAUUUUUACUUUCAUUAA